AUGAGCUUGCUUUCAUUAAAAUUGGGGAUACGGAAGUCCUGUAGUGGAACCUGUUCCCCAUCAGCUUCCCCAUGCCAUGACAAACAACAAGAGCUCCCCAUAUCGUUGCUAUCAUUCUCAACAGUCGAAAUAGCAUCUCUUGCAAUCAAUCAAUCUAUCAAUCAAUCAAGUAACCUAUCAGUCGAUCUGUCUACAAAAUGGCUUCUGCAUUGGCCAUUGGCCUUACGAUAGGUUUUUCUAUUCUGUUGUUGGCGGGAAUCUUGAUACCCGUGUUUCUAUUUUUGGUCUUUGAUGUUCUGGACAAGGAGACUUGGCAUCCAAUCAAUGGGUCGAUUGAAUCUCCCGUGGGUGGAAAAGUGAGCAGUAUCAAAGGCACUGGCGGUGUGGCUUCCAUGGACAUUAAUACGGAUGGAACUCGCUUUAUAGAGACCAUGUUCUAUACAGAGAAUACCCCCGAGGACAACAACAAUCUCAUGAACACCACUGUGUGGCAGAUUGUCAAGGUAGGAGGAAACGACAGCAGCUCCAGUCUCUACGAAUAUCAACCAGUCGGAAACAUACUGCCAGGAAUUUGGUCCAUUGAUGAUGAUGGUAUCAAUGGAAGUUUGCUGCAGUCUUCCAGCAUCAGUGGACAUGGCACCGUUGUGGCGAUUGGAUCGCCCAAUGGGGAUCGAUUCUCCCCUUCCUAUCGUUUUGGACACGUACAAGUCUAUCGAUUGGGACAACAACAGGAUAACACGAAACGCUGGAUGCCCCUGGGAAGCGUGCUUCUGGCAGCGCGAGAUUUUGCCGACUUGCCCUACUUGGGGACGGCCGAAUUCGGACGUUCGACGUCCCUGAGCUUUGACGGAACACGGAUGGCUGUGGGUGUCACGGAAGUCAAUCGUUUUGAUGUCAGUCUUUCGGGGCCGCCCUUUUGGAAUGUCACGGAAGAAACACCAGUUGCGACCUUUAGUUAUGUGCAAGUGUUACAGUAUGGAUCGUCCAGUGAUGAUGACAACGACAACAAUUCCACAACCACCACUCCCAGCAACAAGUGGACCCCGCUGGGAGAUAUCAUCAAUGGAACCUGCAUCUACGCGUUGGAUGAUGGAUGUUUCCCCUGUGCCAGCGAGGAUGGAAGGUUUGGUGAAAGUACAUUUGGUCAGACUGUCUCCCUCAACCCGGACGGCACUCGUGUGGCCGUGGGAGCCCCACAGCAUACCCAUCAUUGUGACGAACGAGCCAUUGGAUUUGUUCGCGUCUUUGAAUUGCUGGACGAUAACUCUUGGAAUCAAGUGGGCAAUGACAUUGUGGUACCCGAAUUGAUGCAAUUCGACAAGGCAUUGGUGACACGAGAUUUUGGACGCAGCAUUAGCUUGUCGGGAAACGGACAACUGGUGGCCAUUGGCAGCAAUGCCGGUGCCGUUGUCAUGGGACUGCAACAGGAACAGGGCGAAUGGACCCGUGUGGGUGGAAUCUUGAAUUGGAGCAAUGAAACGUUCAGUCACAAUCGAUACACCACAGUGUCGUUGUCCACGGAUGGCAGCCGUGUGGCGGUUGGAGGACAGUUUGGCAAUAAAGGCAAAGGAGCAGCAAUUGUCUACCGAUGGAAUGCCGAGAGCAAUCAUUGGGAAUUCGAUGGUCUCCCUAUCUACUAUGAUGACAGCUACUUUGGACGCGUCAUGCGUUUGUCUGGCAAUGAUGCCAGACUCUGUGUGGCCAAUGAAUGGUGGAGCUGGGUCUUUAACUCGCCAACCAGUGGCGCCAAGGCACAACACCCUCUAGCAUUGAGUUUUGUUGUGGGACUCGUGCUGUUCGUACUUGUGUGAACUGCAAGCUUUGGUAUUGUGGCAGCCGCUCUGUCUGUGGACCUGUGGAUACCGGUAGCGUGAUUCGGUACGGUCAUCGGCUCGACUGGUGUUGUCAUGGAGUGGAGUGGAUCUCUCACGGGGAUGGUGGUUGUGAAAGCCAGCAUUCUCCCACGAGAAUUUCGUAUUCUAUGAUGGCUGGAUGAUCAAGUCUGUCUCGUGUGAUAAAUAGGUGCCUAAUGUUACAUUGGUUCUAAAAGUUGGUUUGAUUCUG